AUGACUGACUCAUCGAAGAAACAAGAAGGAAAGAGCAGUACGCCAAGUUGUAAAGUAUGCGGGAAAGGACACAAGGGGCACACGGCUGCGUUGUGCCCGGGGAAAGUGUCGGUGUGCUACAAAUGUUAUCAGUCGGGUCACAAGAAAUCUGAGUGCCCGGAGUUGUUCGAAAAAAAGGAUGACAAGAGUACGCACACAGAGGCACCAAAAGCAAAAGCAAGAUCCUUCCAGUUAACAGCAGUGGAGGCAAAAACAGAGCCCGAUGUGGUCUCAGAGGUAGAAAUAGGCGAUAACAAAAAUUUCCUUGUGUGUGAUAUAUGUCGAGAUUGCAAGAUAAGCAUAGACGAUGAGGAAUACCCAAUAGACUUGAUUCCUAUGGCCAUGGGAGAAUUCCAAGUAGUGGUCGGGAUGGAUUGGCUAUCCCGACACCAUGUGAAAGUAGUAUGUUUCCGCAAGGAGAUAAAAUUAACGUCUCCAAGUGGGAAAUCGGUUACUAUACAUGGCGAGAAAGAGGGUAAACCUGUUACGUGCUCAAUGAUAAAAGCUUACAAGCUCAUGAGGCACGGUUGUAGGGCAUUCAUGAUAUAUGCAAAUGAACCAGACAAGGGGUCAUUAAAGAUUGAAAACGUACCGGUGGUACGCGAAUAUGCCGACGUGUUUCCGGAAGACCUACCGGGAAUACCGCCAGAACGGGAGGUAGAAUUCGGAAUCGAAUUGAUUACGGGCGCGAAACUCGUGGCCAAGGCGCCGUAUCGGCUCGCACCCUCAGAAUUGCAAGAAUUAAUGUCUCAAAUUCAAGAUCUCCUAGACAAAGGGUUUUUUCGCCCAAGUGAUGUUGGAACUAACCGGAAGAUGAUCGAGCUAGCUUUUGAAGAACCGAACACUAUCUACAAGCUUCCGCAAUAG